ACGUACAGCUUUGCCGACAUCGAGUGGUGAUGAAACUUCUUGUUGUAUACAAUAAUACCUUACAAUACUAUUUGUUUAUUCAUAUUUUGAUAUAAUUAGACACUAAUGAUGUUGAUUUCGUGCCCAAAUUAUGUGGAUGUAAAUUUGAUGGCGGAUUGUGAGAGUACGACACUGGAAAUUUCCAUCUGACCCACUAAAUGACUUAUCGAGCUUCCAGGAAGGAUAGAGAUCUAUAUUACGGGGGCCUUCGUCACUACGUGAGGUGAGAGACGACAGUAUUCUGGCGAACUCAACCAGGACGUGGGAUGGCUGUUGGAGGACCGAAUCCAAACUUCAUCGGGGACUUGUGUGAGGAGACGAAGGAAUGUUUAUCAUGUCGUGUUUGUCGAGAUACUCUGAAAGACCCCCGAAUUCUGGAGUGUGGUCACACCUUCUGUUUGGUGUGCAUACAAAGAGUCUACAUGGAAUAUCCCGAAGGGGUCAACUCGGCCCUUUGUCCAUUAUGUAAAACCCGAUUCUUUCCGAAAGGAAAAAAUGCGGGAAAUUUCCCGAAGAAUUAUGUGGUUAUGGACUGUUUGUCAAUGCUGGAGAAAUACGAUCAAGAAGAAAAAGAAGAAAUUCCGGAAGACGAAAUCUGUGAGAUGUGUGAUGAUGCAGAGACCGUCGCAGCAACUACUUACUGUGUAGAAUGUUGCAGGUAUUUGUGUCAAAAAUGUGAAAAGAAACACCGGAGGCUUCAUGCUGAGCAUGUCUCCGUGAAUCUUAACGAAAUCAGGGAUACCAAGCUCUAUGACUUACUUCGCAGUCACAAAGAGGACGAGGAUUGUCCAGACCACCCAGGUUCGAGGAUGACGCGGUUUUGUGUACCAUGUAAAAAGCCAGUGUGCGAACAAUGCUGCCAACUACCGUCUCAUCAGCGACAUCGCACUUCGCCCGUUAGUUCGACUGUGGAAAGUGUACAACGGGAUAUUUCGCGUUUGAUAAAUGACGUUGAAAAAGUAUCUAAAGAACUAGAAAAGUGUCGUGCGUAUUGGUCUCGCCUCCACGAAAAACUCGAAGAUUCCCACGAGUCGAUGCGGAAUAAAGCGAUUAAGCGAGCGCAGGAACUCCGAGUAAUGAUCGAUAAUAAAAAAGACUCCACUUUACGUCAGAUCGAAACGUGCUACACAGAAAAAAACGCCGACAUUAAAGUUCAUUUGGAUCAACUGGAAGUUGAUAUCAGUAAUCACAAAAAUCUUCUAGAAAUGGCAAGGGCUGUUCAAACAGUAGGAUCUGCCUGUCAGAAGUUCAAAGAGCUGAAAUCUUUACAGGAACAGUUGGCACAAAGCCGUCCUGAGAUUCACUGGCCGUCGACCUUCUAUAGACACAGUAUCCACUUUUCUCCAUAUAGAUACGGGAAGCUGACCGAUAGACAAGGUAUAGGUGACGUAAAUUCCAAAUAUGACUCCUUCCUGUUUUACAAUUACUGGACUCUGAAAAAGAUAACGGUCGAGACUAUCAUCCCAGUGUGAGGAGAAAGCCGCUGUCUCUAUGGACGAUAUGACGACAGCGGUAGACACUUUCUGAUUGGGCGAUUUGGAGAACUCCGUAGCCACUUUCUGAUUGGGCCAUUGGGGGAACUCCGUAGACACUUUCUGAUUGGGCGAUUUGGAGAACUCCGUAGCCACUUUCUGAUUGGGCGAUUUGGAGAACUCCGUAGCCACUUUCUGUUCGGACGAUUUGGAGAACUCCGUAACCACUUUUUGUUCGGACGAUUUGGAGAACUCCGUAGUCACUCUCUGUUUGGGCGAUUUGGAGAACUCCGAACCCACUUUCUGAUCGGGCAAUUUUGGAAACUCCGUAGCCACUCUCUGAUUGGACGAUUUGGAGAACUCCGUGGCCACUCUCUGAUUGCUCGAUGUGAAUAAAAUGGAGGACACAAUCUGAUUGGGCGAUGCGAGGACAGUGGUAGCCACAAUCUGAUUAGACUAUAUAUAAGGAGAUGAGAAGAAUGCUCUGCCCGAUUGGAUAGAUUAUAAUGAAGCAUUUCAACGUCUUCACCGUUUGUUAUUUAAGGAGUUCGUUGGGCGGUAGUGCUGCCGUCAGUAAUGAAAAGGAAAGAACAGCUUUAUCGAGAGCUUCAUUUGCAUUCUAGAUCAUUCGAUUCCAUUCCCCACUAAAACUGGAUGAAAAUAUUCCAGAGGUGCAAACCAAUAUGGUUGGAACAGGGUGUGUCAGGUAUUUUACUCAUUUGUAGUAUUGACAGUUUAAAGUUUCAUUGGAAGUAGUGGAAUGUUAACGUGAUAUCUGAAGUAUAUCUCAUAAGUAAGAUAGUUGAGUAUGUAUGCAGUUAUUUAUAUGUUUUACAUCCAGACAUCAUUUUCACAUCUCUUCCUAACAUUAUUCUCGCUGAAAGUGAUAUCACAAUAUCAUUAUACCCGUAAGGAAAGUAUUAAUGAUGUAUAUUUUAAAAUAAUGUUUAUUUUGUAUUAAUAUAUUGCAUCGCAGAGAAAUUCUAUCGAACCCUGUCUCUGUAAUCUGUAUCUUAGUAGCGAGUUUUAUUGGGAUACUGAUGUAGUUUUUCCUUUGCUGGUGUUAAUUAGAUGUAUUGGAUGUAAUGGCGUGUUCUGCUGUUUUGUAAGAAGCAGUGUGUAAGCUGUCGGCACUGUAGCAUCUUUAACAGAUGUGUCAGUUUUUGACAGUAUAUUAUUAUGGAAACAGCAUUCACAAGGUCACAAAAUAAUGUAACUUACCACAGAAAUCGUAUCAUUUAAAACUUAUACCAUCUUCAUACCAUUAACAGGUGCUUGAAGUAACAUAAUUAAUUAACUGAUUUAUGUUCUUGCUCAAAUGCAUUAUUUUGCAUAAUAUGUUCACGUAUAUUUUAAAGUAUUAUAUGUUCGAAUUUUACCCUUUAAUGAGUUUACAUUUUUAAGCAAUUUGAAUUUUCAUUUUCUAAUCUGCUAAUUUCUGUUUUGAAUUAACAUGGCUUUUAUUUUAUCCACAAUCUGUUCACUUCUUUUAGAAACGAUACAUGUUCCAAUUUCAUUAUCUGAUAUGUUCAUUUCCAGUUUCAAGCGUCAUACGUUAAAUUGUCAUUAUCUAAUCUGACCACUUCACAUUUGAAGCGUCAUAUUUACCAUUUACAUCAUCUGAACUAUUCAGCUCCUAUUUGAAGCGGCAUAUGUUCCAAAUCCAUCAUCUAAUCUACGAACUUUUCUGUUGAAGCAUAUGAACUAAACUUAUGAUUUCCGCUUAUUAAGGCUGUGAUAUACAUGUAUUUUGUGUUAUUUGUAAAACUUUGAAUACGAUAUAGACAUGUGAUGUAUUAGUUUUGAGAUUAAUUAAAAAAUAUAUAUGUACUUGUAUACCAUGCAGCAAUAUAAUAACACUUUAUAGAGUAGGUAGAUUAUCGUUUGUAGUGGUAGUCGUGUAAGAUACUAAGUAAGAGUUACUGUUCGACACCAUAUAAAACAAAGACUUUUGUAUAACUAUAUAAAAUUAUAUUGUCAUCAAUUUGAA